AUGAUUUCAAAUUCUGCUUCAACAAAAGAUGUUGUGUUCAUCUUUUGGUUGGUUGAUCAUGCAUUUGAUUUUACUUUACUCAACCCUUUUUCUGGUAGUGUGAUCCGUCUUCCUCCGCUUCCUAAAGAACAUGAGGACGACGUUUACCAUCCAUGGUACAUGUUGAAAGCUAUACUAACCAAAGAUCCAUCAUUAUAUCCAAAUGACUAUAUGGUUGUAGCCAUCUACGGCAUAUCUACAAAACUGUGUUUGAUAGAAGCAAAAAGUAAAAUUUGGAAGAAGUAUGAUAUCCCUCCUGGUCAAGAUUACAACCCUUUCGAAGAUGUUUAUGUUUGUAACAAUAAUUUAUACGCUUCGCAUUUGGACGAUGUGCAACUAAACCUUUGGAAAGUUGAAGUUGAUGAAAAUUCACCUAUUUCAUUACAGAGAGUUGCAGUCAUACUACAACCAAGUUUAAGUACACAUGAUUUUGGCCCAAUGUUUAUUGUUGAAUCUUCUAAGAAAGAGGUUUUACUCAUUAGAAGGGUUCUUUCAGUAGAGGAUCAUGAACAGCCAGACUCUGGUAUUACAACGUUGGUUAAAACUAUCAAGUUCGUUGCCUACAAACAUACUCGUACAUGUAAAGAUGGGACACAAAGGUUUGAAGAGGUGAAGAGUUUAGAUGAUGAUGCUGUGUUUAUUGGUGAACAAUCCAUCUGUAUUUCAACGAAGAAUUUUCCUACAUGUUUACCAAAUCGUAUAUAUUAUACAGAUAACCGAUACUAUUCUCACGAUCCUUUUGUAAAUGGACCUCAAGAUAUAGGAAUUUACAAUGUAGAAGAUGGAAGCUUUGGUGAACAUACAUCCCAGAUAUUACUCACCAGAAUUUGCCUUCACCCAUAUGGAUCGUCCCAACCAUAUACUACAAAGAUUCUGAGUUUUAGAAUUCGUUUGUGGAUUGGAAAUUCGAAUUUAUAUAAAUACCUCAUAAUAUCAUGA